AUGCCUAAAGAAGCAGACGAUAAGCGCCAAGCCGCGCGCGAAGUCAUUGAUAUCCUUCAGGAAAUCUCCGAUCUGCUCAACACCAACCUCGAUCGAACAGAGCUGUCGCUGUGUGUUUCUUUGAUCGAGAAUGGGGUGAAUCCUGAUGCUCUGGCGACUGUAAUCAAGGACCUACGUAAAGAGCCUGGUGCUUCGAAACGCGUCUCCAAUGCUCCUGCUGAGUAA